AUGGCACGAACAAACAGCAUCGUUCCCUUAAUCAUCCUCUUCCUCGUCAUCGGCGUCCUGGCCGCAGUCGGAUUUGUCGUCUACACUAUCGUUCAAGACAUUAGCAAAAAGACCAGGGCUAAAAUGGAGAAGCGGCACAUCCAGUUUUCCAAGGAUGGCGUGAAGGUUUCCAUGAAGGAGGUUAAUGAUGAGGAUUAUAAGGAUCAGACACAGAGCGUCCUAGUCAAUAUGUGGAAUCAUGCCUCCUUCCCGGCGUACAAGAGUCGAUUCUGGAGUAAUGGAGUCACUGCGGUUCAGGAUAAGGAUUCUACGAAACUGUAUGGCUCUUUCUGUUAA